AUGUUCUUUCAGAUUGAUGAGAUGCGGAAUGAUCAACUCUUGAGCCGCGUCAGGGGCCGUGUGCUGACCGCCUACGGAUUUGAAGGCCAAGAAGAGAAUGCUCCACCUGUUAGCAGUCCGGACUCGACAAUGCUGUCGAUUGACUCUAAGAUCUACGAACCAAAUCACUGGGCCUUCUUGCCUACAGUGGGCCUCAUUGGGCUGUUGGCAGGCACACCACCUAAUUGCCUGCUUGUUUGUGUCAUCCGCUUCAGCCCAUCACAAGAUCGAGCGGUUGUGAUCAGUAUGUUCCAGGUCUUUGAAGCUUUUGGGGGAGUUCUUGCGGUCACGAUCACCUCGGCGUUCUUGCGCUUUCUGGCAAUACAAGAGCUUCGAGAACGUAUCGGCACGGAUCCAGCUUCUGAAGAGAUGUUCAGACACUUUUUAGAGGAUGUGGACUACCUGAGCUCUGUGCCGGGCGACACGCGAGCUGCUAUGCAAGCUGCGUACGGUUUUGCUGCGAUGAGAUGUUGCCUCAUCGCAUUCACGUCAUGCAUCGCUUCUAUUCUAGCUGCAGCCAUUUUGCCUCGCCUAGACUUCGGGGACCUGCGAUCUGGCGAUGGUUUGACAGCGGAGGUUGCGUCGAAUUCGGAGCCUGAUCAUUCUGACUCACCGCCUUAG